AUGACACUGUACAAGGUGUCGGGGCUGGUGGCUCCCAUUGCCGGAUGGGAUCCAGGCUUCACCAGUGUCACCGGAGAGACAAUGCUAUUUAAAUGGAAAAAGUCGACCACUCACCUCUAUAGGAGACACACGAGAGACACUGCAGAAGACAUUCAGAAGAUAAUGUACCUGGAGGAGGAGACACUGCGCCUAGCCAAAGACACCAAGAUGCUGUGCCACAUAAUUACCCAACUGAAGACGCUGUUUUGGAUGUCUUCCGAGUCAGCACCUACAACACUUGCCCGACAACUCCUAUCCAAGGACAACGUGGUUGCUGAGGCAGACGGGCCUAUUUUGAUGGUGUGGGGAUGCAACAUAGAGACAGGUGGGAGUUUGUGUCCUCCCCACUAUACCACCUCCACCCGAAGAUCAGUUAAUGGAUAUCAGAUGACCCCUCAGCAAAUCACACUGGAUACUAGGAGCCAGUUACAGAAGAGAUCUUAG